AUGGGUAUGGUGUUGGACCAAAAUCUGGUUAAUAAACUUGGAUCAAACAUACUUCAACUAUUUGCCAAAACUGUACUCGUCAUCAGACCAGCCUACUUCUAUGAUGUCUUGUUGGAGUAUGCGGAUGUACUAAAACAGGAACAUGAUUUCAAGGAGUGGUCAUCCAUAACUAAGUUAAUGAAUGAAUUGAAUACAGGUCUAUCUUUUGGCGAAUUGAACGUCAUUUCAUUCUGUAACCGAAAUAGUGGAUUUGUCAGUGAUAUGGCACACAAACCAAGCACUGCCAUCUCUUCAGCAAAUAACACAAUUUUCAAGAAUUUCAGGAAGAAGCUUUUACGAUUAUACCGGUAG